AUGAGCAACCAUAGCCUGGGAUCCUGGUCCUCUUUGAAUGCUUCAUGGGAAGAUAUUGGAGCAGAAAAUGGAACUGACCUCCUAAACCCCCAGGAUGGUUUUGAUCAUGAAUCGUCACUAUAUCCUACAGCAUACAUUAUUCUCCUUGUCUUAAUUCUUGUUAUUAGCAUUUUUGGACUUAUGGGGAAUGGAACUGUCAUCUGGUUUCUUGGCUUUUGCAUGAAGAGGAAUCCUUUCACCAUUUUCAUACUACAUCUGGCUGUUGCUGACCUUGGGACACUCAUGUGCUUAUGCUCUCUUAUGAUAAUAUUUGUUCAUGUAUUUUUUAUGUUUAUGUACAACACUGGUCAAUAUCUGUUGACAGCCAUUAGCAUGGACAGGUGUGUUUCUGUUGUCUUCCCCCUUUGGCAUCGAUGUCACCGACUUUCUCCACACCGACCACCACACUUUUCCACCCUUGUGUGUGCCACAAUAUGGAUCUUUUCUUUCCUGCUCACUGUAAUCUGCUGGAUUCUUCCUAAUUUUCUGCUUAUCAAGGAUGCCCUUUUCUACCACCUUCUAGUGAAUGCUAUACUUUGCCUCCCACUCAUGACUGUUUCCACUCUGGUGCUGUUUAUAAAAGUUUACUUUAGAUCCCAACAGAGGAAGAGGGGAAAAGCUGUAAGAGCCAUCCUACUUGCCCUCCUCUUCUUCCUCAUCUUAGCUUUCCCAUUUACUUGCAUUUUAUUAAUCUUUCUUUCUAGUAAUUUUGUAAACUAUAAUGCAAUAUUCAUUGGGCCCUUAUGCAGCUGCCUAAACAGCAGUGUUAACCCACUGAUUUAUUUCCUGGUUGGAAGAAAGAAACACAGUCGGUCAAGGGAGAGCUUGAAGGUCAUAUUCCAGAGGGUUUUCAAGGAGGAGGAAGAUGGGAGAAAGAAGGGAGACAUUCAGGUCCGAACCCAGUUCUGA